GUCCUCAAUUUACGUGCAUUACUUUUCUCACUACAUAUUCUCAACUUCAAUUCGCCUUACAAUAUGAUUUCCGCUAUCUUCGACGGUGCUGCCCAUGUCACCGUCGCUGGGUGCCUCGGAGCAUUCUUUUUCAAACACACUGUGGUGGAUCGGACAUCCAAGGCCAUCAAAGACGCGGAGAACAUCACCGCUGGCCUGGUGAUAUCCGAAUUCUGUAUCUCUGUCGCGGUUCUAGUUCUAGCUUCCAACGAGACCGCCCGGAUACUCCUCAGUAAAGAUGCUCAACCCGCUCCGAAGCACAAUUUAGCCGAGCUCAACGCGCCUCUCAUUUGCAACAAAGUGUCCGAUUUCUCUACUGCAGCAGACUCAAUUUCAUCGAAUCCAAUCGCAACCGAACCUUGCAGCACUCCGCUUGACGCAAUAAUUUCACCGAAUUCAAUCGCAAAUGACUCUUACCGCACUCCGCCCUCUACUACAUGUUCCGCAAUAUGCACGCCAAUACUGCCAACUUCGUCCGGACCCUCUCAACGGACGCAGGUCCCUCCAAUCUUGGAGGACGGACACCUGACGAGCACCGAUGUUUCGCUUCUCGUGGACGCUUCGACUCGAACAAUCGUGACGCCCUCCCUUGGCAGCAUCCUGCCUCAGAUUGUCUUGCCUCGACUGAAACCCCCGGAUACGAAGCGGCAUCCGAAUUUCCGCCCGGGUAGACACAAGCGCGAAUCUAGAUCGUCUCGCUUGGCCGCUUCCCGUGGCAGCAUCGAACGCACUUACGCCAAGCAACAAGAACACGCUACUGCGAUCAAUGAUCUUGAACAAUUGCAUGACGAUCUCCUCGACGACCAAACCGCUCUUGUCGACGGCUGGGCAGCUGCCAUGUCCCAGCUUGGACUCCCCUCUAUGCUAUCGCCUUCGCCACUGCUUCUGGAUCAGAAGAUGCCCGAGCCAGGAAAUUCGAUCGAAAUUGUUCAAGACCGACACCUUUACACACAAUGCUACUCCCGAGGUCCCCUACGACCAAAUCCCGAAGAUCUGCAACGGCCUCCCUCGCUGUCCCCUACGACCUGGAGCUUCAUGCCCGCGAGGUUGAAGGCCACCGCUGGUCGCGCACAAACUAUGUCUUCGCGCCGCCCAAUUAUACCUGCAGUCUUCGACGUCGGAUGUCCCCUACGACCAAUCCCGACACAAUCGCAACCGCAACGGCAUAACCGCCUCCACCUUGUCUCAGAGCACUUGGAGUUGAAGGCCACCGCCCGCGGCUCGCACUUACAUCUAUCUCAAGUAUCUUCUCUUGUCUUCGCCAUCGUGUAAAUGGCUCUUGAUUUGUUUCUUUUUAUUUGUAUUUCUCUUACCGGUAUCUACUUCGCAGAUCAUGGACUGCCUGUGACUUAUGGACACGUCUUCCUUUUAUCGAUAUGUACUCAGCAGAUGUUGAACUGCUCAUUUCUUUUGUAACUUGUAGGCACGAUAUGCCUUGUUUCUUUUACCAUUUUUCCAUGUACGAUUUAUCUCUUAAUAAUGUUUCUAUAUUUUCGUAUAUGUACGAUGACGAGUAUUACAUAGAUAUCUGCAGUUCGUAGUUUCU